AUAAAAGCGCUCAUAACCAAUAUCAGGCAGGUUUAAAUGUUAGUGCUCGAUAGAAACAUGCAAAUUGAUUUUAUUCUCAUCAUAAACCUCGUUCCAUUUAUAUGGUACUUACCUAUAUCGCACUCACAGGAUCUUGAGGAAAAGAAUUGGCUAGAUGCAUGUGACAUUCAGAGAAUGAAAAAAGGAGGUUUUGAGGUAGAACCUGCAAAACCAACAACUCCAAAGCCACCAUCUCGUCCUUCCCGACCACCUGUCAUACCUAUCGGUGCAGAAGGUGUUGUUACUUUCAGACCCUUGGCACCUAAAGAUGAUUUAUUGAAUGCAAUAAAGCAGAAAUUCGUCCUGGACGUGUUGGAAAGAGGUGGUUCCCUGGAGAAAGGCGAUUGGACGAAAGAUGCAAGAGGAUUUAUGUCAGAUUUCUAUGGUGAUGAUGAUGAUGAUUAUGAUUAUUACUCUUCCGGCGAGUGAAUUCAAUUUUUUCAACGAUUCUUCUGGUCGGCUUAUGAUUUCCGUACUUGUAUAUAUAAUGCACGAUUAAAAAAUCCCAGAUUUCCAUUUGGAAAUUGCGAAGACCAACAAAUAAAAUGUUUUGAAUUAUA